AUGGUCUUAAGAGGCGGAUCUCUCCUAGCAAGUGACUACGUGUCUCAAUUCGGGCAAGAUGGCCUACCUGAUAAUCAGUGGGAACUUGAACUUGAACAUUGGUUCAAGUUCACCAUGGCCGAUCUACAACGGGCGAUAGUUGAUCAAGCGACUGGUCCAGUUGUACCAGAAGCUCGAUCAUUCCACUCACCGCCUACGUCUCCCGGAGCGCGAGCGAUCUGUAGCAACCAGAAGAUUCGGAGCGAUUCCUAUACUUCGUUCAAUGUGCUCGGCCUUAUCUUGAUAUUCUCCCUUGGUAGCCUUAUAAUGCUCGUCUCGGCUUGCCUACCAACCGUUACUGCGCGUGUGCAAAGGUACAAAAACCCGUUUGCCAGUAUCGAAUGGGUUACAAGCGAUACGUUGCAGCUCCAGCGGCUUGCACAUGAGGCUAUUGGCGCUGGGCAGUGGGAGGGCGCAUGCGACGACUAUCCGCGAACACGAAAAGGCGAUCUUCUGGCUGUAAUCGACAUCUCUGACGGGAAGCAUCCAGUACUCCGAGCUCCUGGAGAGAUCAGAGUUCCAAAAGACGUGAAGCACGCAGAGGGUCAGGGAGAUGAGAAGAGGGUGUCAGAGGAGCAAAGGAACGACUCGGCGCAGGAGUCCCUAUUAAGUGUAGAGCUCCCACGCAUUUCCUUGGAGCUAUCGCAUCGUUUCGCAGCUGGAGUAUGUUAG